UAUUUAUAUUUCUUACAUUUGCACUCUCAAGUUGUCUAUAAAUUGUGCAUGCAUAGCAUUAGGAAGUAGUAGGUAUAUAAUAUAACUAUUUAGGAGAUACAUAAAUAAUGGAAUGCUCUAGAAGAUCAUCAUCAAGAGAUGUUUCUCUAAAGGAACUUAGCAGAAGGCUGGCUGAGUUUGCUGAAGACAGAGGCUGGGCUCAGUAUCACAGCCCCAGAAAUCUUCUUUUAGCUCUUGUUGGGGAAGUGGGGGAGCUAUCUGAAAUAUUCCAAUGGAAGGGAGAGGUUGAAAAAGGACUACCAAAUUGGAGUUCAGAAGAAAAAGAACACUUAGAAGAAGAAGUCUCAGAUGUGUUGUUGUAUUUGGUGCAGCUUGCUGAUGUUUGUGGCUUGGAUCUUGGUCAAGCAGCUCUCUCUAAGAUUCUCAAGAAUGCCAAGAAAUAUCCACUAAAUAAUAAUUAAUACAAAAACCAAUGCUUUUAAGUAUAUCGGUAAUAUUUCAAUAAAUUUUAACCGUGGAUCUUAAAUAUAUAUAUUAUAUAUAUUUUUUAUAAUUAAAAAUGAGUGAAACACUAGUGUACCGAUACACUUAAAUUUUUUUUUAUAUUAUGUACUACACUACUAGCUAGUGUGUUGUUAUGAGCGACUUUUUAUUUUUUGUGUUGUAGUAGUAAUAAUGUUUUUCAAUAACCUAGAAAUUUAGUGGGUUUUUAUUUUGUUUGAAUACCACAAAUCUGUAGUUUUUAUUUUAUUUUUUUUGUUUUAAUUUAUAAAACCGAUCCACCAAUUUGUUCUACAAUUAAAAAAAAAUCCAA